AUGUUUUUUCUUAUUGCAGCCGCGCUAUGCUUAAUAUCUCUGGCCAAGGAGACAUCUCCUCCGCUUCUUAGAAGUGUACCGCAAAGCGGGGCAGAAUUGAAUGAUGGUUACAAAAGUGCUGUAGACCUGGUAGAGCAUUUACUUCAGAUGAACGACGCCGAGUAUCGACUCUUUUUUCGGAUUGGAAAAAUAUGCAGGGAUUAUUAUCGGGUAGUACCCGAACCUGACGGAGGCGUACUGGCCAACGAAGCAAUCAGUUUGUACCUGGCUAAGUAUAACGAAACACUUCUAAACAAGAAAAAUUUAAUGGAUGCGAAAUGCAGGAAGCUAAGUCAGCCAGCAAAAGCGUUCUUGUUAAAGAUCUAUGAGUAUGCAGAUAAGGAAAUGAACGAGCAUCGAUCGCAAAUGAAGGAAAUCGAGAGGAAGUUUUACGUCUUUAUUCACGACAUAGAUGCAUGCCGAAAUUUGCUCGACAUAUUUCCUGAAUUUCGGAAAUUAGGCAAAUGCGCCCAGGAAUGAUCCUUAGUUAACUUAAAAGGAAGUCAUCCUGUUCUCGCCAA